UUUUACCAAUUUAUCGAUCAACUGACCCGGCCCAUUAUGAGCUUCCACCUAACGGUGCAAAAGCCGUCGGAUUUAUUUUAUGAAAAUUAUUGAAAAUUAGGGAUGAAGGAGCACACUGCCGAGUAUGCUUUCUUUUUUAAAACUAUAUAUCAAAAUUUACAAACAUGGCAUUGACAACAUCAAGUUCAUCAGGAAUUCCUGAUAAGCACUGGCAACCUCCAUUUGUAUCUCUUGAAACAACAAUGGGUGAAAUAGUUAUUGAAUUGUACUGGAAACAUGCGCCAAUAACAUGCAGAAAUUUUGCUGAGCUAGCGAGGAGAGGUUAUUAUAACGGAACAAAAUUUCAUCGUAUAAUUAGAGAUUUCAUGAUCCAAGGUGGAGAUCCUACAGGAACUGGAAAAGGGGGCACAUCUAUAUAUGGAGAAUGUUUUGACGACGAGAUACACGAUGAUUUAAAACAUACCGGCGCUGGAAUUUUAUCAAUGGCUAAUUCAGGCCCAGACACAAACGGAUCACAAUUUUUUAUUACUCUGGCUCCAACGCAAUGGUUGGAUGGAAAACAUGCAAUUUUUGGAAGAGUUCAUACAGGCAUGGCAAUAGUUAAACGAAUAGGACUUGUAGAGACAGAUAAAAAUGAUAGACCAAUUGAUGAUGUAAAAAUUGUAAAAGGAUGUGUUAAAAAUAUAUACGCAGCGUAAAUUUUCGUCUCUAUAAUAGUAAACUAAUAACGUUUAAAAGUCUAUUAAUUAUUAAAGAGGUAUAGAAGUUUAAUAAGUUUGUAAAAUAAAAUGUAACAAAUGGAUUCAAUUAGUGACACGUACUUUUUGAAGCUUCAAUACUGUAAAUAAUAUUGUAUCUUAUUUUGAAAUUUUUCAAAAUAUUUACUACCAUUAUAUUCAAUGACAAUGGUAAAUAUGCUCGAU